AUGCCAGAUUCGAUUUUUGUCGAAUAUCGAAAUCUGUCGAUCGUCGAUUGUUGUUGACAUUGUUGACGUGUUUUAUAGGUUAAAAGUGUCAGACAAAAAUGGAUAUUAAUUUAUUUCAAUUAACUUUCCUUCUUUUAAUAGCAAAAUGUUUAGCUGAAUAUUCGUCAGAAGAUUGUAAAGAAUUAGGCUUUAUUAAAUCUAAUUUAAUAUGUUCCACGUGUGAGAAAUUAAUUGAAUAUAAUUUAUUGGAAGCCGCUGAAAAUUGUAAACAAUGUUGUUUAAAGGAUGAUGAUACACAAAGAAAAAUUUAUUCAAAAGCAAUACUUGAAAUUUGUAAAUGCAAAUAUACAGCUUAUCCUCAAAUUGAAGCAUUUAUAAACAGUGAUUUACCAAAUAAUUUCAAAAAUCUACAAAUUAGAUUUGUCAAUGGAUUAGAUCCAAUGAUACGACUUUAUGAAGAUAAUGUCAAAGUUGACGACGUCGAUAUUCAUAAAUGGAACACAGAUUCUGUUAAUGAAUUUUUAAGCACGUAUCUUUCCAAAGAUUAAUAGAUUUAAUUGUAAUUUUUCUAUUACUAAUAAAUGAAUUUCUUUUAAAAACAA